GGCUUGGCCGAGGCGGCUUCGGGAGGGGAGGACCUCCCUCUUGGGGUCGAUUGCCUCUCCGGAGCGGACCGAGGAGCAGACACCCCCUUCCCGGAGGACCGAGAGGGCAGAAUCUCUCUGGGAAGUUCGGGCCAGGUGACCCGAACUGAGUUUGAAUUGAUGUAACCAUCAUGUCCAUAGAGAAGCCAAGGAAGGCUGUCUAUGGAAAUCGAAGAAUGAAACAGCCACCAGAGACACAGCAACCUCAGGAGGCCAAGCAGUCAAGCGCCCACUUCCACGUGAGCUCUGGCAUCUUCGAACUGUGAUCGGUGGGGAUCAGUGAUUCUGGCCUCAUUCACUUUCCAGUACAGGCAAUAUGAUCCAAUAAUGUGGCGCAAAGUCUGAAAUCUCUGAUGAAUGUGUCUGAAUCCUGCUAGAGACGCCCUAAAAUCGUUCCCACGUAUAACCUAAUUUAGAGAUACUUCAUACUUCCACCUAAACUUGAAGCUCGAGUCAAAUGCUUCCUCAAGAGCCCUGCGUCAGCGAAGGCACGGCCAGCCACGGCCGACAAGCGGUGAAUGGGGGAUGUCGGAAGGGCACACGCGCUUCGCAAAGUUUAAGAUAUAAGAUCUAAUUAUGAGUGAUCAAAUCAAAUCUAUUGUGGACAAUCUCAAUAAGGAGCCUUUUAAGAAGAAUUAUAAUUUAAUCACAUUUGAUUCCCUGGAGCCAAUGCAGCUAUUACAAGUUCUCAAUGAUGUUCUGGCCGAGAUUGACCCCAAGCAAGUUGUCGAUAUCAGAGAGGAGAUGCCAGAGCAUACAGCCAAACGAAUGUUGAGCCUUCUUGGUAUCCUUAAAUAUAAACCUCCAGGAAAUGCCACGGACAUGAGUACCUUUCGCCAGGGUUUGGUGAUUGGAAGUAAACCUGUAAUUUACCCCGUGCUCCACUGGCUUCUUCAGAGGAUGAAUGAACUGAAGAAAAGAGCAUAUUUAGCUCGUUUUCUAAUAAAACUUGAAGUACCAAGUGAAUUUCUUCAGGACGAAAUUGUUGCUGACACCAAUAAACAGUAUGAAGAGUUGAUGGAAGCCUUUAAAACUUUGCAUAAAGAAUGUGAGCAGCUCAAGACAUCUGGAUUUUCCACAGCAGAAAUAAGAAGGGAUAUCAGUGCAAUGGAGGAGGAAAAGGAUCAGCUCAUUAAGAGAGUUGAACGUUUGAAGAAAAGGGUGGAGACUGUUCAGAAUCAUCAGCGGAUGCUUAAAAUAGCAAGGCAACUUCGAGUUGAAAAAGAGAGAGAAGAAUUUCUUGCACAACAGAAACUGGAACAGAAGAAUCAGCUAUUUCAUGCGGUGCAGAGAUUGCAGAGAGUACAAAACCAGCUAAAAAGUAUGCGCCAUGCUGCAGCAGAUGCAAAGCCUGAAAGUUUAAUGAAGAGGCUAGAGGAAGAGAUAAAAUUUAAUUCAUAUAUGGUAACUGAAAAAUUUCCGAAAGAAUUAGAGAACAAGAAGAAGGAAUUACAUUUUUUACAAAAAGUGGUUUCAGAGCCAGCUAUGGGCCAGUCUGAUCUUCUUGAACUGGAAUCUAAAAUAAAUGAAAUAAACACAGAGAUCAAUCAGCUGAUCGAAAAGAAAAUGAUGAGAAAUGAGCCCAUUGAAGGCAAACUCUCUCUAUAUAGGCAACAGGCAUCCAUCAUUUCUCGUAAAAAAGAAGGGAAAGCUGAGGAACUUCAGGAGGCCAAGGAGAAGUUAGCUAAUCUUGAGAGAGAAGUGUCCAUAAAGACAAAUCAGACCCGUGGACUCGAUGGCACUGAAGUUUUGAAGGGAGAUGAGUUCAAACGAUAUGUCAAUAAACUUCGAAGCAAGAGUACAGUUUUCAAAAAGAAGCAUCAAAUAAUAGCUGAAUUUAAAGCUGAGUUUGGUCUUUUGCAGAGGACAGAAGAGCUUCUUAAACAACGUCAUGAAAAUAUUCAACAUCAACUGCAAGCUAUUGAGGAGAAAAAGGGUAUAUCUGGAUAUAGUUAUACUCAAGAAGAGCUAGAGAGAGUAUCUGCACUGAAGAGUGAAGUUGAUGAAAUGAAAGGACGAACACUGGAUGACAUGUCUGAAAUGGUGAAAAAACUGAAUUCACUGGUAUCUGAAAAAAAGUCAGCUCUAGCCCCAGUUAUAAAAGAACUACGACAAUUGCGUCAGAAAUGUCAAGAGCUAACCCAGGAGUGUGAAGAAAAGAAAUCCCAAUAUGAUAGUUGUGCAGCUGGCCUUGAAAGCAAUCGCUCCAAAUUAGAACAGGAAGUUAGAGGACUCCGUGAAGAAUGUCUUCAAGAAGAAAGUAAAUAUCAUUAUACAAAUUGUAUGAUAAAGAACCUGGAAGUCCAGCUCCGUCGUGCCACUGAUGAGAUGAAGGCCUAUGUCUCUUCUGAUCAACAAGAAAAAAGAAAGGCAAUUAGAGAACAGUAUACUAAAAAUAUUGCUGAACAAGAAAACCUUGGAAAGAAACUCCGGGAAAAACAAAAAGCUGUACGAGAAAGUCAUGGUCCAAAUAUGAAACAAGCAAAAAUGUGGCGUGACUUUGAACAGCUAAUGGAAUGUAAGAAACAGUGCUUUCUGAAGCAGCAGAGCCAGUCUUCCAUUGGUCAGGUAAUUCAGGAGGGAGGAGAGGACCGGCUGAUCCUCUGAAUUCCUGUGUCCUCAUUUGGGGGCUAGUUGCUACCACUAGCUAUGAGCAUAAUCUCAAAAUGUGCGUCUUGUCUUGAAAAUGGUUUGUAUAAAAUUUCUUUCAGAUUAGGAUUAGCCAUUGUUCAUUAAGUUUUCUUGGAAAAUAAUGUUAAAGGUAGAUUUAGGUUUUAAAGUUUUUUCAUAUAAAAAAAGGCUAUUAUUGUUUUACUUGGUUUAGAAAUCAGUGGUGUCUUCUGAGUUUUAUGAGACAGGAAACUAAGUUUACUCUCUGCAGAUGUAAACAUAUGUCCAUUAAGAAAAACUUGUAGUUUUUAAAAAAAUGCAGUAACCCAAUGGCUUAAUGUUUCUCUUAAUCUUUUUUUAACUUUAGAGGAAUCUUUUAGGAACUAGUAUCUCUUGUUUUGAAGAAACAUUUAUCUGAAGUUCAGCAAUUCCUACAGUUUCACUUCAGUUUCUUUUUCUUCUGAAAAAUGCUUGAAAAAUGUAAUAUUUUUAAUAACAUUCUAUUUGUGUAAUUUAAAGGCAAAUAAAACGUG